AUGCUCCAUGUUCGAAAUUCAACAGCGGUAUUUAAGGUCUUCAUUAGCCCCAAGAAGAUAUGGCAAGUCGCUCCAGGCCAAUACGUUUAUAUUUCGAUGCCUGGUAUCGCACGUCACCGUUUUGGGUUUCUACAGUCGCAUCCGUAUCUGAUAGCCUGGCAACUACCAAACAAAGAUCUAAUCUUGUUGGUAUCUCGACAAUCUGGAUUCAGUAACGACCUUAUCACCUCUACGCCUCAAUCAACGCUUGUUCUUGAUGGGCCAUAUGGCAGUCCUUAUAACCUCGGCCAUUACGAUAAAGUUAUAUUCUUUGCGCAAGGAAUUGGAAUCGCUGCACAUCUCCUAACCAUCAAAAGUCUACUUUACGCCAACAAUCAGUUGACAGCUCGGAUUAGACGCCUCAUUCUUAUAUGGUUUCUAGAAGACAAAGAUCUCGAUGAAAAGGAGAAGAGACAUAUUUUCAACAUCUGCUUAUAUGCACCAUACGAAGCUGAGGGCGAUGUGCAGGAAGGACGUCGAGGGCUUUACGUCAUGCACGAGAAGCUAGACUUUUCAAGAACUAUUAUAGGCGAGGAACACGCAGAAGCUGGUAGUAUGGCAAUCUCAGUCUGUGGCUCGGUUUCGAGAACGCUCUUCGAAAAGUGGUCAUCAAAAGCAGAGAUGAAAUAUAUUUCACAAACGUUGGGAUCCACGCUAUUGAUACCGAUUUAA